ACGCUCAGUUCGACGCUCGGGCUUCUUCCCCUUCUUCACUUGGUACCACAUCUCAUCAACUUCUGUCAACUGGUCACUCAUCAAGGAUGGAUCCCACUCAGCCCGCUCCCUAUCCUACCUACACGGCCGACGGCAACGCUUCCAAUUCUGCCGCUGAAGACUCUACGAAGCCUGCCGCCUACCCUUCGUACCAGGAGGGCGACAAUGUUCCGGCCUCUUCCUCAACGUCAGCGUCAGCAACGUCGUCCGCCCCAGCGCCGGCGCCACCAGCAGCAGCUGCUCAACCUCCCCCUCAUCCUGAGAGCAGCAUACCCGAAUACCAGUCGGUUGGCUCCGGCUUCACCAAUCCCUUCUCUACUUCAUCAUCGGGCUCGUCCUCCAACAAUUCUUUCCCACCUCGAGCACCUUCCGCUUCUUUCGUAGCCGCACAAACAACGACUCCAACCCCAGCCCCAGGCCCGACCUCAGCGCCACCCCCAUCCGCUGCGACGGCAGCAGCCGCGGCGUCGAUCAAUCCAAAUGCCACACCCUCCAACUACUCCAGCUCUACCACCUCUUCCUCUCACCAAAAAACGCCCAGCUCCUCGUCUACCUCCUCGACCGGCAAGAAACCCAUCCCUGCCUCCGUCGUCCGUCCAGGUCCAUCCCCUGCUGGCCCACCAGGCUGGGAGGAGGCUCGCCUAGCCAAGGAGCAAGCGAUACGCGACGAAGAAGAGGCAAAGAAGCAUCGCAGGAGGAGGAGCAGUAUCAAAGACCUGUUUCGCGGAGCGGCAGAGAAGGUCUCGCUGGUUUCGGCAAAGGAACCGCAGAGUGAAGAGAAGAAGGAGGCGGCGGUGCAGGUGAGUCAGAUAGGGAAUGAGACAAGGUUUUCUGUGAGGCCUGAGACGCUGACCAACGCUCUGUCUGAUCUUUGCCCCGUAGAAUGCCUCUACCGGGCCCGAGUAGGCUUCGAGUACCAUCCACCUUCCCACAGGCUGCCUCUUGAAGAUCGGAAGACCUCAAUGCGCCUCUCAACAUAUGUACAUACCAGCCCUUCUGGAGCAGCUCCCUACUACCAACUCAUAAUUUAGGCUCGCUUCAUCUCGCCGUCGUCUUCAAUUCGUAAUCGCAGCAAUUGAAAGCCACAAAAGUGCAACGACUUCUCCUGCCUUG